CACUUUUCGUUGUUCCGCACGCCCACCAUCGCCGCGAAUAUCGCGUCGUUGUCCCUCUCGAAUACGAGUGUCCCAUACGCACUUCAGUUCCCUUAAGCGAUUGAACGAUGGCUUCCUACAUAUACGGUCAGCCCGCAGGUAGUGCACCCUUCCAGCACGUCGCGCAACGUGGCCCAGGCCACGUCAGCAAGCAUCAGCGCCCUCCUGGCUUCGUCAAUGGACCCGUUCGGAAACAGCAGAAGUUCCAGAAGCAGCAGCAUCAGCAGAAGCAUCCGAAGUCCAAGCACGGUGGCCGAGCCACUGGUUUGAACCCGUGGAUGGUGCUGAACGAAAUUGAGCAUGCUAUCCAGCAGACGCAAAUUCACGCACAGUAUAACCCAUUCGAUAUUAAGGCUCAGAACGAUUAUCAUGUCCUCUGUCAACUACGCGCAGUCGUCCAAGCUGGCGUCGCUCCCGGUGAUCUUCAGGCCAUACACACUCAGCUUCGUACCCUUGUCGCCCCUCGCGUGCCCGCCCCACCCGUUUGGUCAUCUCAGCCACCCCCAUCCGCUCCUGUCCCUGUGCAGUAUCCUCCUGUAGUUAACCAGCCUGUACCUGCCCCUCAAUCAUUGAGCCUUCAGAAUGCCCUGCUCGGUCUUGUGAGAUCCGGCGUGAUCGGCACGUCCAAUCAGCAGGGUAGUUCGAGUUCAGUGAAGCCUGAGUCGACGGGUACGCGCAUGGACGUCGACGACGGUCCGGAGGUCAGCGAGUCAGGAAAGUAUAGGCGCAAGAUCAUGCGUCAGAAGGUGUCGCUGCGAGAUAUAGGCCAUUCAAGCGGCUCACCGCGGAAUGUGCUCGAAAGCCUCUUCUAUGACAACCUACCAGUCCAGUGCCGACAGUGCGCUCAGCGGUUCCCGGACUCGACGGAAGGCAAGCAGGCGCAUCAGAAGCAUCUUGACAUGCAUUUCCGCCAGAAUCGUCAGCAUAUGUCGAACGAGGGUCGCGGGUUCAGUCGGAGCCUGUAUGUUGAUCGUGAGGAUUGGGUAACGUCGGUUGACCCCAAAGGCAAACAACGCGCACUCGAGCAAGAGCGUGAAUCAAAAGCGGAGGCAGCUCGUCGCAAGGAAGAGUUGCUGUCGCGCCAUGUAAUCAUACCUAUCGGAGAUGAGACGAAGCCACUAUCUUGCCCUGUAUGCUUCGACCCCUUCAGGACGGAGUUCCUUGAAGAUGAGGAGGAGUGGGUGUGGACGAAUGCCGUGAAGGAUGGAGAGACAUUAUACCAUGCGACUUGCCACGCUGAAUUGCAUACGAAGACACGCGCUAGCUCGCGAAGCCGGUCUCGCACACCAGAGGCGUCGUCACGGAAGAGGAAGGCGGAGGACGGAGGGCAUGAUAUUGCCCGGCCGUCGAAGAGGAUAUCCCUAUAGACUUUUUUCCAUUUCAUCCUGUAUCCGGGCAUUGUACACGGUGUAUACCCCCGCAUCAAGUGUAUCUUAUUCAAUAUGUAUACUUGAACCCGCUCCAUCUGUCCCCCUUGUCCAUCCUGGCUGCCUCGACUGACGCGUAGGUCCCGUUUCCUUCGUGAGCGUGCUUGUUCUCGACGCCAUGGAUGACCUCGUCGUGGUCGCCUCGCUCUUUGGAAGCGUUCGCGCGCUUGAGGCCGACGAGGAAGACGGCGGAAGAUAUGAAUCCGAUGGCGAUGUAGGCGAGGACGAUGCCGUGGCCGAGGGGGUACCAUGGCGCGUC